AUGGAUAAAGGACUCAUUUUGCCCCAGGACUGCCGGGACUUUCUGCACAGCCUGAGGAUGAGGAGCAAAUAUGCCCUUUUCCUGGCUUUUGUGGUGGUAGUUUUUGUUUUCAUUGAAAAGGAAAAUAAAAUUAUAUCAAGGGUAUCGGACAAGCUGAAGCUGAUCCCCCAGGCUCUAGCAGAUGCCAACAGCACGGAUCCCGCCCUGGUCUUGGCGGAGAACGUGUCCCUUCUGUCCCUGAGCGAGCUUGAUUCUGCCUUCUCCCAGCUGCAGAGUCGCCUGCGCAAUUUCAGCCUGGAGCUGGGCGUGGAGCAGGCUCAAGGGGAGAAGUCCCCUCCAGCCAAGGUGGCCUGGCCCCGGCGCCACGUGCUGCUCAUGGCCACCACGCGCACCGGCUCCUCCUUCGUUGGGGAGUUCUUCAACCAGCAGGGCAACAUCUUCUACCUCUUUGAGCCGCUGUGGCACGUGGAGCGCACAGUGACCUUUGAGUCCGGAGGUGCCAAUGCGGCGGGUUCGGCCCUGGUCUACCGCGACGUGCUCAAACAGCUCUUCCUGUGCGACCUGUACAUUCUGGAACACUUCAUCAACCCCUUACCUGAGCAGCACCUGACGCCCUUCAUGUUCCGCCGCGGCUCCAGCCGCUCCCUCUGUGAGGAGCCUGUGUGCACACCCUUUGUCAAGAAGGUCUUCGAGAAGUACCACUGCAAGGACCGUCGCUGUGGCCCCCUCAAUGUGACUCUGGCCGCCGAGGCCUGCCGCCGCAAGGAGCACAUGGCCCUCAAGGCCGUGCGCAUCCGACAGCUGGAAUUCCUGCAGCCGCUAGCCGAAGAUCCCCGGCUGGACCUACGCAUCAUCCAGCUAGUGCGGGACCCCCGGGCCGUGCUGGCUUCUCGCAUAGUGGCCUUCGCUGGCAAGUAUGAGACAUGGAAGAAGUGGCUCACCCAGGGCCAGGACCGGCUGAGUGAGGAGGAGGUGCAACGGCUCCGAGGCAACUGCGAGAACAUCCGCCUGUCCGCUGAGCUGGGCCUGCGACAGCCCUCCUGGCUACGGGGCCGCUACCUGCUGGUGCGCUAUGAGGACGUGGCGCGCUGGCCCCUGCAGAAGGCACGCGAGAUGUACCGUUUUGCGGGCAUCCCCCUGACCCCGCAGGUGGAAGACUGGAUCCAGAAGAACACCCAGGCGGCCAGUGACGGCAGCGGCAUCUACUCAACGCAGAAGAACUCCUCCGAGCAGUUUGAGAAGUGGCGCUUCAGCAUGCCCUUCAAACUGGCCCAGGUGGUGCAGUCCGCCUGCGGCCCUGCCAUGCGCCUCUUUGGCUAUAAACUGGUUCAGGACGCUGCCUCCCUCACCAACCGCUCUAUCAGCCUGCUGGAGGAGCGAGGCACCUUCUGGGUCACGUAG